GCAGUGGAACUUUGAGUGGGUGCUUUACUUUGUGAACCCAAUGAACAUAUUUAUCCUUAUAUUCAUCUUUGGUAUCAAGAAGAUGAUUGGAUAUAUCAAAUUUCAGAACAAGUGAACCCAGAAUGUAAAGAAAGCUAAGGCAGUUUUGGCGAAAAGGAAUAGUCAAAAACACGAUUUUAUUGAAACAGAGGCAUGGGAGACAGUCAAACAAGCAAGCUCUAUCUCUGCAUUAAGAGAGGCAAUAUUUACCCAAAAAGUUACUAUCUAUGAUGUAGUUAGCUAUUACUGACACAAAGCGUAUACCACUGGUAGAGAACUCAAUCUUACAGCUGAUGAAGCUUUCACAGAGGCUCUUGAAGAGGCAAAGGAGAAGGAUCUGGCUCUCAAGAAAUGUCUCCAGCAAGGAAAGAAUCCUCAAGCAGAGCUAGGCUCUCUAUUUGGGAUUCCCUUUUCUGUUAAAGAUCAGAUUUAUGUCAAAGGCAUGAUCUCUUCAAUGGGAGUUCCCUCUAGAGCUGAUAAGGUAGUCGACGAAGAUGCAAUCAGCAUAAAAUUGCUGAAAGACCAAGGAGCUAUCGUGUUCGUAAAAGGAAAUAUUGCAGAAGCUUGUUUGACCAUCCAUACAGAGAAUCGCAUAUGGGGCGAAGCUAAAAAUCCAAGAGAUCAGAAUAGAACAACAGGUGGAUCUUCAGGCGGUGAUGCAGCUCUUGUAUCAUGUGGUGCAUCCCCAUUUGCUAUAUGAACAGACUUUGGAGGAUCAAUCAGAAUCCCUGCUUUGUUCAAUGGGAUGUAUGGAUUCCUUCCUACACCUGAAAGGCAUAGCGUAGAUGGAAUCUCUUGUUAUACGAAAUAUGAUAGUGUCCAUACAAAAUUAUUCAGACCAUGAAUUGGACCAAUCGCAAAAUCUCCUGAAGAUAUCCUUGAACUAAUGAAGAUUCUCGACUCCUCGAAAGCAAGGGCUUAUGAUAAAUUAGUGCCAGAAGUCCCCUUCGAUCAGGAACUUUAUGACUACACUCUUAAGAAGAAGCUCCGGAUUGGAGUGAUCAAGAAUAUUGACGAUAUUAUCACCUUAGAAAAAGAUAGCCUCAACGCUUAUGAAGACUCAAAGGAAGCUUUUAUUAAAGGAGGUCACGAAAUUGUCGAGUUUGAAUUCACUGAACUUUUCCAGUUCGUCAUUAAUUGCUUAGACAUCUUAAAUAACGAAGGCCUCCCUCUGGUGUUCGAUGAGAUGUUUGAGAAGGGUGAUGCUCUGAAUGCAAAUAUCCAAACUAUCCUCUUCAUGUACAAUAAAAUGCCAAAGUUUUUGAAGUCUAUACUCGGUUUUAUCGCUGGCUUGUUUUUACCCAGAACAGUUAGUGCAAUGUUUAAAAUUCUCCAUCCCUCAAAUACUUCUCAGCUUGCAAAGAUGACUAAGUACAGAUAUAACAAGAUUCAGGAGAUUGCUGAUAAAUUUGUCGAGUUGAAGCUUGAUGUCCUUCUGACUCCUGGUUAUCAAACACCUGCAUUUGAGAUAGUAGAGAAAGCGAAUCAUGAUCUACCUCCAUUCAACUUUAUGCUGUUCAACAUGCUUCAUUUGCCAACUUGUGCUGUUCCUGUCCCAUCACAGAAUGAGAAUGCAAUGCCUGUUGGAGUACAGAUCUCAGCCUUACAAUGGAGAGAUGAGAAGGCACUGGCUGCGGUCAAACUUCUAUCUGAUCUCCUCAGUUAAAUGCUGUCUAUAAAAGUUCAACCCCUGAGA